UUGGCUAAUAACACCGUAUCGAAUUAUUAACCUAGAACUCUGGCCAAAGUGGCUUGACUGAGCCAAGAAAACUUUUCAAUCUUCUUGGGGUUGGUGAAAGACGGGAACUUAAAUUUUAGGGUCUGUAACUGUUUUGUUAAGUGAACACUUGCUUUGUUGUGUAUUGCAGUAGUGUCCAGGUUGUGAUCGGAUCUUAGGUAACUGAUCACGCUGAGUUUGCAGCAAUGUUUUAUUGCUCACUAUAUUUCAGCCACAAGAUCAAAUAGAAGUCGGGGAAGACGGCUUUAAACAAUGGGAUGUGUUGGACUCCUUGGAUAUGGAGGCAAUGGUGAGCACUGUGCGUGCAUGGAUUGAGAACCCAGUGAAGUUUGCCCGUUCCCAUGGGGUGAAUGUUACGCCUGGCUCUAAAGAGCCAGCCUCCAAAGAUAUCCAUAUAUUGGUCAUUGAAGGCUUCCUGCUUUAUAAUUACAAACCACUGAUAGACCUGUUUGACAUACGCUACUACCUGGCGGUCCCAUACGAUGAAUGCAAAAGGAGGAGAAGCACGCGCAACUACACUGUUCCUGACCCCCCGGGUCUCUUUGAUGGACACGUCUGGCCCAUGUACUUAAAACACAGGAAAGAAAUGGAGGACGGCGGCGUCGAUGUCGUUUAUUUAGAUGGCCUGAAGUCUAGAGAUGAACUCUACAAUCAAGUCUUUGAAGAUAUUCAGAACAAGCUUUUAAAUUGCCUAUAGGGUCUCGGAAGACCUGCAAGAGCCAUGUACAGAACGAUGUAAAUAGUUCUUGGAAGUCAGAAUGAGGGUUUAUUUGUGUAAACUCUUCUCACACUGUCCUUUGGAAAGUAUCUUUUGUAUAUAAUUGAAAAAAUGAAGAUAACUUAUUCACAACCCGGUGAUG